UUCUUUAAAACAAACAAGGCAACUUCGUAGUCUAUGGUUUGGACGUUUGAACAGCAACCGAAAAACCGAAUUAUACACGAAUUUUAGCAACGAUCUUAGAAAAUGUCUGGUAAUUCACAUAAUUAUAAGAUGGAGUACGACAGUAUUAUGGACAUCUCAAUGAAUUUCAACACAAUCGAUGAUGUAAGUACUGUGAACGAAGUUAGCAUGGAAGUUUCGACACCAACAACUCCAGUGCCCGAGUCGUGGACAACUCCAGUAAAAGUUGAAACAAAAGAUCCUACGGAAAUCUUACAGAAAGUGAGUGCUUCCAUGCCAGAUUUUAAAGCCGUUUUAGAAAGGCAGAAGAAAGCUUUGACAAUGGUGAACGAGAAGAAUAAGAUGCUGGAAGCUAAACUUGCAAAUGCAGAAAUGAAACUUCAAGAAAUGAAGGUGGCUCUAUCUAAUGAAGUUUCUGAGGUUCAGUCGGCCAAGGAAGAAACCAAAAACCUCAUGUCUGAACUAAGCACUGUUCAGAACAGAAUUAAAUCUACAACUAAAGAAAUUGAAGACAUGAAAACCCAUUCCUCUUUGGCCAACAAAGAAAAUUCAAAUGUCCAAGACAAAUUGGAUCUCUAUCGGCAACUUACCGGAAUAACCUUUGCUGUUCCAAAUCCAAACUCCCCGCACGAAUUAAAGGGUUUUGCAGCUUCUGCGGGUCCUUCCUCAAAUCUCAAAACAUUUUCUUUCAACACUGCGGAACAUUCAAAUUCCCUGAUGAACAGUGUCAUUUGGAAUGUUGCUGAAAAUAUUCACAAAAAAAAUUGGGAAAAUAUUAGUGAAUGAUUAAUUGCUUAAUGACUUUCUUAGCGGGGUUGCGGGGUUGCAGAAACGUUUAUUUCUUCGUCAACAUUCAUUGGAUGCAACAGACCCCAAGUGUAUGGAUGUAAAAUGUUUCUUCUCCCUCUUCAAACAUUAGAUGCCAUUGUGAAUAAAAUUGUUUUUUCCAGAAAGUAUGUAGUUCUGUUUUGUGGAUUUCUUCUUCAUCUUUCUUAUGGGUCCGUUUUAACAUUUGGAAACAUGACGACGUACAUCACGUCGUACCAACGAAAUGUAUUGCUAUUGGAUGUAACUUACGCCGACACUAUGUGGAUCCAGGCGAUAUCAUUUGCCACAACGGGAAUUGCGCUACCUCUGGGUAGUUAUUUAGAGAAAAUAUGGGGUCCUAGAUUGACUAUAAUAGUUUCGAUGUUUUUCAUGAGUGGCGGAGUUUUGCUUACUUCAAUGACAGUGACGCAUUCAUUGAGUUUGGUUGUGUUUACAUACGGACUUUUGUUUGGAGUUGGUGCCCGAGCGGGCUACAUGUCCCCAAUCGCCGCUGCUAUGAGGUGGUUUCCUGAUAGCCAACAUGGAGUUGUCAAUGGGUUUAUUAUCGCUGGAUACGGCAUGGGAUCUUUUGUCUUCAGCCUCAUUCAGAUUGGCUACGUCAACCCUCAGAAUAUUCCCGCUGAUUCAACCGGGUACUUUGACGACGUGACCGUCUUGGAGCGUGUACCCGGCCUGUUUAUUUUUCUCGGUUGUAUUUACUUGGCUAUCCAAUUGUUGGCCGUCCUAUUUAUAACCAAUCCGCCAGUUUGCGAUGUUGUAAAAGAGGAAACCAUCGACGUGCAGUUGUCCAUUCCUCCGGAACCCAUGGUCCCUUUAUUGCAUGUCAUUCGUUCUCCUCGAUUUGUCGCUUUGUGGUUCACAUUUCUGUUUAAUGAUCAAACCAUCAUAGGAGUUAUCGGACUGUACAAGGCUUUCGGGCUGAAUUUUUGGACAGACGAUAAAAACCUUACGUUAGUAGGAUCAGUAGGUGCAAUCUUUAAUGCUCUCGGCCGCUUAGCCUGGGGAUUUCUAGCGGAUCGAGUGCAGUACAGGACAUUAAUGUUAAUUCUUACUUGGUCUGUGGUGGCUCUGCUGCUUUCAAUCAACGCUACUCCAUUGACGAACUGCGUUUGGUUCUAUGCCUUCUGGAUAAUUAUGUUGAAUAUUAUCACUCCUGGGACGUAUAUUCUUCUACCGAAAGCGGUUAGACUCUAUUUCGGAAGUUACAACAUCCCUUUUAAUUAUGGACUCCUCUUCACAAGUUUUAUAGUGGGCGGGCCCCUUUCCGCGUUGGUAUCCAUCACUUUUCUUGAUGCAUUUGGCUGGAUUGGAGUUUUCUGGUCGAUGGCUGCCUUCAGUGCUGCUGCUGGAGUUAUCACUUGGUUUUUACCGUAAGAAUAAAGUUUAGAGAAUGCUAUAAAUUGUUGUCUAGAGAUUAUUAUGUAUUGAAUUU